ACUUCCGUAGUUGCUUAGAUCACAGGCUACUGCGGAAUGAACAGAGGCUGCGGGGGGAGCAGCUCUGCGGCUUCGCUUGUCAUUUUUUUUUUUUUUCCUGUGCUCUGUUUUUAUGAGCGAAGGUUAAAAUGCGGAGAUUGGCUGUGUAGAGGAGCAAACCUCUGUCCGUCUGUGCAGGGUGGUGACUGUUAGAAUACUUCUAAAUGAGCCUUGAAAGAAGCUGUUUCAUUCUCCCAGAUAGUUCUGAAAUAGCCUGUUCACACGCACAGCUUUUACGUGUGCUUGGUGUGUGUAUGUUUUCGUUUUAAAUAGCCGUUACUUUUUUUUUUGCUUGUUAAACUAAUGAGUGAGGACAAAAUAUUCGUAAAAGAUUAAAUGCAUUUUUAUGAUGUCUUUAAAGCCGCCGUCCUCUUCUGUUAAACGUAUUCCUGUAGAGUCUACUGAUUUUUGAGAAUGGAAUUGAUUGCAUCGGCAGUUAGUUGUUAGAUUUUUUUUUCUUAAGGUGUAUUCUGCUCUCUGAAGACAAGUGUCACGUGAGUAUUUUUUGUAAAAGUCCUAAAUGAAUAAAUUGGUUCUGGUUUAGGAGCAUCAGGCCGGACAUUUUUUAGGUUUUAGUAACUGCUUAUCAUUUCCCAGAAAUGAAGAUAUGAAAAAUUGAUAUCUCGGAGAGUCACAUUUUCAGUCCUUUUGUAAAUUAGGAUCUCCUGCCAGGGUAGUCACGGUUUGGUGGCUGUGUAUUCCCUCUCUGGAUGUAGCCCGACAUGAGAAAGUUUACAUUCCAGCACUGAGAAGUUGCAUUCCACUGGGCAGUUCUGACGUCCCACAGGAAUGCGGAGGCCCACACAAAGGGCAAGCUCAGGGCCACCGACGGAAGAGGCUUCCGUGCUCAGCGGCUGCCUUUCGUGGAAACCCACGCUCACAGCAAGUGCUCAUGACUCAACUUGGAUGGGGAAGAUGUGGUCACAGGGACGCGGGACAGGAUGGCCUUCCCUCAGAAGGAGCCCGCAAAACCCUGUCGGGUGAAUCGCAGCCUGUGGGUAUUUAUGAAAACUAGUUUUGGCAAGCGUUCUGCAGGAAGCUUUAGGCGUGGCUGUGAAUGCAUUGUGUUAGAGCCUUCUGAAAUGAUUGUGGUAGACUAUAUGGAUGAAAAUGAAGAGUAUUUUCAGCGUCAAGCUUCUCAUCGACAGUCGCGAAGGAGAUUUAGAAAAAUCAACCAGAAAGGGGAAAGACAAACGAUUAUUGAUACUGUGGAUCCUUAUCCUGUGGGCAAACCACCUUUGCCUAGAGGCUAUCAUACGGAAUGCACUAAAUCUCAGCUUCCUGCAGAUUUCACAAAGCUACACCUCACCGACAGCCUCCACCCACAGGUGACUCACGUCUCCUCCAGCCACUCAGGAUGUAGCAUCACCAGUGAUUCUGGAAGCAGCAGUCUUUCUGACAUCUACCAGGCCACAGAAAGCGAGGCUGGUGAGAUGGACCUGAGUGGGUUACCGGAGACAGCAGUGGAUUCCGAAGACGAUGAUGACGAAGAGGACAUCGAGAGAGCCUCGGACCCUCUGAUGAGCAGGGACAUCGUGCGAGACUGCCUGGAGAAGGACCCCAUUGACAGGACGGACGACGACAUCGAGCAACUCCUUGAAUUCAUGCACCAGCUGCCGGCUUUUGCCAACAUGACGAUGUCGGUGAGGCGGGAGCUCUGCGCUGUGAUGGUGUUUGCGGUGGUGGAAAGAGCUGGGACCAUCGUGUUAAACAACGGUGAAGAGCUGGACUCCUGGUCAGUGAUUCUGAAUGGUUCUGUGGAAGUGACUUACCCAGAUGGAAAAGCAGAAAUACUAUGUAUGGGAAAUAGCUUCGGUGUCUCUCCUACUAUGGACAAGGAGUACAUGAAAGGAGUGAUGAGGACAAAGGCGGAUGACUGCCAGUUUGUCUGCAUAGCCCAGCAAGAUUACUGCCGUAUCCUCAACCAAGUAGAAAAGAACAUGCAAAAAGUUGAAGAGGAAGGAGAGAUCGUCAUGGUGAAGGAACACCGAGAGCUCGAUCGAACGGGAACAAGGAAGGGGCACAUCGUCAUCAAGGGCACCUCGGAAAGAUUAACGAUGCAUUUGGUGGAGGAGCAUUCGGUGGUGGAUCCGACGUUCAUAGAGGACUUCCUGUUGACCUAUAGGACUUUCCUCUGCAGCCCGAUGGAAGUGGGCAAAAAGUUGUUGGAGUGGUUUAAUGACCCGAGCCUCAGGGAUAAGGUUACACGGGUAGUAUUAUUGUGGGUGAAUAAUCACUUCAAUGACUUUGAAGGGGAUCCCGCGAUGACUCGAUUUCUAGAAGAAUUUGAAAAUAAUCUGGAAAGAGAGAAAAUGGGUGGACAUCUAAGGCUGUUAAAUAUUGCUUGUGCUGCUAAAGCAAAAAGAAGAUUGAUGACACUUACAAAACCAUCCCGAGAAGCUCCCUUGCCUUUCAUCUUGCUCGGAGGCUCAGAGAAAGGAUUUGGAAUCUUUGUUGACAGUGUAGAUUCAGGUAGCAAAGCCACCGAGGCAGGCUUGAAACGAGGGGACCAGAUAUUAGAAGUAAAUGGUCAAAACUUUGAAAAUAUUCAGCUGUCAAAAGCCAUGGAAAUUCUUAGAAAUAACACACACUUAUCUAUCACUGUGAAAACCAAUUUAUUUGUAUUUAAAGAACUUCUAACAAGAUUGUCAGAAGAGAAGAGAAAUGGUGCCCCUCACCUCCCUAAAAUUGGAGACAUCAAAAAGGCCAGUCGCUACUCCAUUCCAGACCUCGCUGUAGACGUAGAACAGGUGAUAGGACUUGAAAAAGUAAAUAAGAAAAGUAAAGCCAACACUGUUGGGGGAAGGAACAAGCUAAAAAAGAUACUGGACAAGACUCGGAUUAGUAUCUUGCCACAAAAACCAUAUAACGACAUCGGGAUUGGUCAGUCUCAGGAUGACAGCAUAGUCGGAUUAAGGCAGACCAAGCACAUUCCGACCGCGCUGCCCGUCAGUGGAACCUUAUCAUCCAGUAACCCUGACUUACUGCAGUCCCAUCAUCGCAUCUUAGACUUCAGUGCCACUCCUGACUUGCCAGAUCAAGUGCUAAGGGUUUUCAAGGCUGACCAGCAAAGCCGAUACAUCAUGAUCAGUAAGGACACCACGGCGAAGGAAGUGGUCAUUCAGGCCAUCCGGGAGUUUGCUGUGACCACCACCCCAGAUCAGUACUCACUCUGUGAGGUCUCUGUCACACCAGAGGGAGUGAUCAAACAAAGAAGACUUCCGGAUCAGCUUUCCAAACUGGCCGACAGAAUACAGCUGAGUGGAAGGUAUUACUUGAAAAACAACAUGGAGACGGAGACCCUUUGUUCGGACGAAGAGGCCCAGGAGCUGCUGAGGGAGAGUCAGAUCUCCCUGCUGCAUCUCAGCACCGUAGAGGUGGCCACGCAGCUCUCCAUGCGCAACUUUGAGCUCUUCCGCAACAUCGAACCCACUGAGUAUAUAGAUGACUUAUUUAAGCUCAAAUCGAAAGCCAGCUGUGCCAACCUGAAGAAAUUCGAGGAAGUCAUCAACCAGGAGACGUUUUGGGUGGCCUCUGAGAUUCUGCGGGAGGCGAACCAGCUGAAGAGGAUGAAGAUCAUUAAGCAUUUCAUCAAGAUAGCUCUGCACUGCAGGGAGUGCAAGAAUUUUAACUCCAUGUUUGCAAUCAUCAGCGGCCUAAACCUGGCCCCAGUGGCAAGACUGCGAACCACCUGGGAAAAACUUCCCAAUAAAUACGAAAAGCUGUUUCAAGAUCUCCAAGACCUGUUCGAUCCUUCCAGAAACAUGGCAAAAUACCGCAACGUCCUCAACAGCCAAAACCUACAGCCUCCCAUCAUCCCCCUGUUCCCGGUGAUCAAGAAGGAUCUCACGUUCCUUCACGAGGGGAACGACUCCAAAGUCGACGGGCUGGUCAAUUUUGAGAAGCUAAGAAUGAUUGCAAAAGAAAUUCGUCACGUUGGCCGAAUGGCCUCUGUGAACAUGGACCCUGCCCUCAUGUUCAGGACUCGGAAGAAGAAGUGGAGGAGUCUGGGGUCUCUCAGCCAGGGUAGUACAAACGCAACAGUGCUAGACGUUGCUCAGACAGGUGGUCACAAAAAGCGGGUGCGUCGUAGCUCCUUUCUCAAUGCCAAAAAGCUUUACGAGGAUGCCCAAAUGGCUCGAAAAGUGAAGCAGUACCUGUCCAAUUUGGAGCUGGAGAUGGACGAGGAGAGCCUUCAGACGUUAUCCCUGCAGUGCGAGCCGGCCACCAACACAUUGCCCAAGAAUCCCGGUGACAGAAAGCCUGUCAAGGCCGACACCUCCCCGGUGGCCCCGAGGGCAGGGCUGCAGCCGAAGCCGCCGCCGCAGGCUCCGCAGCCAUCGCAGAGGCCCAGCCCGGGGCUGCAGCUUCCCGCCGUGCCCCUCUAUCCUUCGCGGAAGAAAGUGCCCCUACGGGAUCUCCCGCCUUUCGGUAUAAACUCUCCACAGGCUUUAAAGAAGAUUCUUGCUCUGUCUGAAGAGGGGAGCCUGGAGCGUCCCAAGAGGCUGGCGGAAGACACGGUAUCGAAUGCGUCCUCGCAGCUCUCCUCCCCGCCCACCUCCCCGCAGAGCUCGCCACGGAAAGGCUACACUUUGGCUCCGAGUGGCACCGUGGAUAACUUCUCAGAUUCCGGCCACAGCGAAAUCUCCUCGCGGUCCAGUAUCGUCAGCAACUCCUCCUUCGACUCGCUGCCCGUCUCGCUGCCCGACGAACGGCGCCAGAGGCCACCGACCGGCACUGUGGAGAGCAGCCUGGCCGCAGGCCGGCUGGAGAGGCGGCCGGCGGGGGAGCCCGAGCAGUGCAGCCUGGGGUCCUGCGCACCGCUGUCCGAGAGCCGGGGCCUGUAUGCUGCAGCUACAGUGAUCUCUUCUCCCAGCACAGAGGAGCUUUCCCAAGACCAGGGGGACCGAGCCUCACUUGACGCAGCUGACAGUGGCCGAGGGAGCUGGACGUCGUGCUCCAGCGGCUCCCAUGAUAACAUCCAGACCAUCCAGCACCAGAGGAGCUGGGAGACGCUGCCCUUCGGGCACACUCACUUUGAUUAUUCAGGGGACGCCGCAGGGUUAUGGGCCUCAAGCAGCCACGUGGACCAAAUCAUGUUUUCCGACCAUAGCACAAAGUAUAACAGGCAGAGUCAAAGCCGAGAGAGUCUCGAUCAAGCCCAGUCCCGGGCGAGCUGGGCCUCCUCCACGGGGUACUGGGGAGAAGACUCGGAGGGGGACACAGGCACAAUCAAGCGAAGGGGGGGGAAGGACGUUUCCCUCGAAGCUGAAAGCAGCAGCAUGAUGUCUGCGCCCGCCGAAGAAGCCAAGCCCGUCGCCAUGGCUGCCCACGUGGCCGUGCCGCCCAGCGCCACCAAGGGGCUUAUGGCGAGGAAGGAGGGCCGCUACCGGGAGCCGCCGCCCACCCCGCCGGGAUACGUGGGCAUCCCCAUCACCGACUUCCCCGACGCCCACCCGCACCCCGCCCGGAAGCCGCCGGACUACACCGUGGCGCUGCAGCGCUCCAGGAUGCUGGCCCGGCCGGCCGAGACCCCCGCUCCGGGCGGCGCCAGGCCCGCCCCGCGGCCGCAGUGGCACCGGCCCGGCGACGACCCGCGCCCCGGCCCCUGCGCGCCCCCGGGCCUUGCCGCCGAGGAGGACGAAGAUGAACAAGUGUCUGCGGUUUGAGGCACGGGCUUCUCUGUACCCGUGUCGGCCACCCACAGGAGAGCACAAGAAGACGUCCCCUAGCGUCAGAGCCUUGGGACUCACACUCUGAGGAUGGUGGACCAGUUUGCCUCCUUCCCUGCCUUAAAAGCAGCAUGGGGCUCCUUCCCCCCUUCUUCCUGUCCCCUCUGCAUGUGAAAUACUGUGAAGAAACCGCCCUGGCACUUUUCCGCCUUGUUGCUUGAAUGCACAGCGCAGCGUCUCCAAGCCCCUGUGGCUGCCUGCCACGUCACACAGCGUCAUUCCAGACUCCAAGGUCAUCACCACCCGUGAGUCACUCUGGCUGCACUUCUCCACGCCUGGAAGGAGUUUUUAAAAAAAUCUUCCUUUUAGAUUUCAGUCCAGUCCUAGCACUUGGUUUCAUUGGAAUCGUGAGAAAAGCCAGCCAUGCAACUACUUGGCGUCUUUUAACCCACCCAGGAAGACAAAGGAAAACAAUGAAAUCCUUUGAGUACAGUGCUCGUCCACUUGUUUACAGUGCCCUCCUCCUUUUUUUGGGUUUUUUUUUCUUUUCUUUUAAAUGAGUUUAAUGAUUGUGUUCAGAGAGUAAAUAUUAUAUCCAUUUAAUGAUUUUACAGUAUUAUUUUGAACCUUUAAGUAGGGUUGCCAGCCGGGGUUUCUCAAAAACCAAAUAUGCCGGACAGGGUGUGGCCACACCAGGGAGAGGGAAGGCCGGCCCACAGCCCCGCUUCCUGUGUCCCGGCCGUGCCCGGGAAGUGCCCUAUCCUGGAAGCGGGAGAUGUUAGCCAAUUACCUGGAUCCCAAGGCCCCGGGCCCUCCUUCCCCAGGGGCUGGGGCUCUCCACUGUUUGCACAUGGCCGGGGAGGAAACUGGGACUCUUGCGUCCUGCGUCUGAGCCUAUGGAGCACAGGGCAGUGUCCCCCGAGGGCGUGCCCUGCUCCAGCGAGACAGACGGCAAACCCCACGUUUUUUUAAAUUAUGUUUCUUUGAUUUCUGUUUAUUUAGUUUUAGGGAUUCUCUUGCUUGUUUUCAAAGAGAAACGUUUAUAACUGGAUAGCAUUGCAGUGCAAGCAGCUUGGGGUGUUGGCGCUAAUGCCAGCUGUCCAUACUGCUCUUUCAAGACAGCCUCCCCGUAUCGAUCCAUCGCCAUGAGGGAAUAAACAAGCCUUUAACGUGAAGAUGAUCAAAAGAUCCAAAACCCAGUGCGAUCCGCCAGCCUUUGUCUGCAAGGCGGGUUGGUCGCCGAAGACUGACCCGUAAGUGGCUUUACGGACGCCGAGACGGAGAAGGCCUGAGUGUAGCAACCACGUGUUCACAGCUGC